ACAGACCACUUGUAUCUGGUUAUUCGUAGAGCAAUGGCGUUGGGCCACUUAAGUUAUAGUGCGCUCAGCCAAUAAUUGAAGUCUGAAGUCUAUCUGGUUAUUCGUGUAUUGUGGAUUAUGCGAAAUGAUCGAAAUGUUGUUGACGCGUACAACAAUUUUGUUUAGAGCUGCGUGAAAGUGUUAAUGUGGAUUGUUUACAUAUUCAAUUAUUAUGGAAUCGGUUAAUUGCCGUAGGGUUACUAGUAAAAGUAAUUUCGUUGACGAGGAUUCUUAUGCGAUGAUAAAGCGCAUAAAACUGGAGCCAGACGCAAUGUUGACACAGGAUGAUGACAUCAUGACACAACUGCAACAAGAUAGCUCAGAUUUGGAGGUUGAACCCAGUUUCUCAUUAGAGGGAACCACAAAUGAUGACGAGGAAUAUAUAGUGGCAAUACUAAUGCAGCACAUGGAAAUAAGAGAACCUUUAUCGACAUUAAGAAGUUUGUUAGAAUCAAAACUUCAAAUUGAUUUAUCAGAAUAUUCGUUUUGGUUGCAAGAUGCACAGAUGUUGGAGAGUGAUAAAACUUUAGCAGCUCAAUGCAUCGAAGGACAAGGAGUGGUUCAAGUUAGUGUACAAGUAAAGAUCACGAGAGAUAAUGAAAAACGUAUCAAUAUAGUGGAUGUUCUUAAGCCAGCAGAAAAUUAUAUUGAACUUGAGGAAACUAAUUCACCAUUGCCUGCCAAGAAGAAGAAACGGCAAAUUAUGAGAUGGAUGGUAGAUCCACAUUACAAAAAAGAGCAGGAUCGUUUAAAAAUACCAGCUGACCCAAGAGAUUGGUCAGAGGCACAUGUUAAACAUUGGCUGCAAUGGGCUGUUAGACAAUUCAAUUUGGUAUCGUUACGAUUGGCUGAUUGGAACAUCACUGGAGAGCAACUAUGUAACCUCACACUGAAAGACUUCCAAGCUAAAGUGCCUCUUGACCCAGGAGAUGUAUUUUGGACGCAUUUAGAACUUCUCAAAAAAUGCAAGUUUGUCGCUGUAAUGCAAAAAGAUGCGCCAGAUGACGAGAACGAAAUCGAGAAACCCAUGAAAGUGCGUAGUCCAAAAGCGGCAAGAUCGCGAACGACGGUAGACCAACAACCGCAUGUUGGUAUACCAGUCGACAACGCCGACUCCACUACGUUCACUUUAGCCACUUCCAAUCGAUCCGUUAACAAUGGCCAAAUACAAUUGUGGCAGUUUCUAUUAGAAUUACUAACGGACAAAGAACAUAGAGAUGCGAUUCAGUGGAUCGGGACCGAGGGAGAGUUUAAGCUUAGUCAGCCGGAAGCAGUCGCCCAGUUGUGGGGAGCACGCAAAAACAAACCGUCGAUGAAUUAUGAGAAACUGAGUAGGGCGCUUCGAUAUUAUUACGACGGCGACAUGAUCUCGAAAGUUCAUGGUAAACGAUUUGUCUAUAAAUUCGUUUGUGACUUAAAGCAGUUGCUGGGCUACUCGGCCGCGGAGCUUAGUAGACUUGUUGAGGAAGAGAGAAGGUAUACUUGAUAAAAUCGUAUUCUUACGUAUAUUUCUACAGCUGUUACUGAUAAAAUAGCUCUCUCAACAUUUUAUUCGACACAGCAACUUCAACAAAUAAUUAGGUAUAACACAUUUUCUAUUUUAACAUUUUAUUUAAUAUAUAAUAAUUUGAGAACACUCUUGAGAGAAUAAUUGUGCUCGAUGGGAAAUUGGUAUAACUUGAAAGCUUGUAUAUUAAAGUAGUUAUUUCUGACAAUUUCUUUUGCCUUUUGAACAUUACGUGACGUAACUUUUUUGUUACCUGUGAGUUUGAAUGGGCACUUAGGUACGUCACACUUUGAGAAUAUUUUAAGAAUAACAUCAUAUCAACAUACAUAAGCAACAAGCAGUUAAACGUAUGAAUUAAAUAUAUAAAUAAUAUUUAUGCAACUACGUAGAUAUAUUUUAAUAUAAAUUAGUAGAAUUCACUCUUUAUUAAGUAUUCUAACACUUGCAAGUCUAAUCGUAUGAAAGUGUUUAAAAUGAAAACACAUAAGUGACUACUUCAUAUUUAUUUCACACCGGCAAUUAUAUCAUCGACAUUUAGGUACAUGUGUACAUAUACAGUAUAGAGAGACUAACAAUUUUUCAUGUCUUCUGUUUUUCUAAGACAAACAGAUUCACCUUCUUUAUUGCAUAUAUACGAUAUUGUGUACAUAUAAGUACUCACGUAUGUACAUAUAUAAAUGUUUUAGAGUAGGUGUCUCUGAUUACAGUCUUUUGGACAACGACGAAUGCUGAUCCAUUGUUAUACUAUUUCUUGAAUUCACCGUUAUGUGAGAUCGAUUUAAAGAUGUUGCAUUAUAUAAUGAUAUAGAAACAUAGUUAAGAAAAGACCGUUAAAUCUGUAAGGGAACAUUUAGUCACAACAAUCAUAUAUUUUUAUAGGAAAAAUAUGUUAAAACAGAAUUUGAAGUAUGUAUCGAAAAUCUAUAAAUAUUUUAUAAAAUACGCUUUGAUAUGAUAAUAUUGUAAUAUGAAGCAUUUGAAUAAAUGACACAUAUCGUGUAGUGUUGCAAAAUAUUAGUUCGUACCAUUGUCGAUAAAAUUACGAUUUAAAAUGUUAUUUUAAAUGAUGGUACGGCAAUUGAUAUUACACUACAGAUAUGUGUAGCAUGUAAAAAGGAAAUGAUCAACACUAUCUUUUUAUAUGUAGGUGCGUUUAUUUGUACUAAAGAAAUCUUAUUUAAAGAAUCUUAUUCUGUAUUGUAUUUUCUAAGCAAUGGAUUUUUGAGUAAUUUUUAUUACAUACACUGACAUCAACAGAACUGGGUAUAGAUUUACAACUGGGGUAAGGUUUACAAAUUUUCUGCGUACUUGUAAUUUUAUUUACACGUCAAUUGUGAAUAGUCAUAUAUUAUUUAUAUAAAAAUUAAGAUUGGACAACAAUAACACAGUCAGGAAAAAAGCUUGCAAUCCUCUCGAUAAAUUUCAAAAUGCAUCCAAGAAAACUUGUCUUUUGAGAAUUACUAAAAAAGAAAAAAGAUCUUAUUGGAUACGAGUAUGUGACGAAACCUAUUGAAAAAAAAAAAAAAGAAUUGCAUUCUUUUUUCCAAUGAAUAUACGAUACAAGGCGCUUCAGCUUGACCUGAGAUGAAAUUAUAUGACGUAAAUAUAUGAGCAUCUUGCGAACAAUGA